AUGUCCUUGAGCAGCGGAGCUUCCGGAGGGAAAGGAAUUGAUGCGAACCCGGUUGAGACGUACGACAGCGGGGAUGAGUGGGACAUUGGUGUAGGGAAUCUCAUCAUUGACCUGGACGCUGAUUUGGAGAAGGAUCAGCAGAAACUGGAAAUGUCGGGCUCCAAGGAGGUGGGGCUCCCGGCACCCAACGCAGUGGCAACGCUACCGGAUAACAUCAAGUUUGUGAGCCCAGUGCCGGGCCCUCAGGGCAAGGAGGGCAAAUCCAAGUCAAAAAGGAGCAAGACUGGCAAGGACAGUGGGAAGCCGACCCCAGGGUCCUCCCUGUUCACUCCCAGUGAGGGAGCUGGUGGCAAGAAGGAGGCUCAAGGACGCUCUGGGGAUGGCGCGAACUCAGGUGGUUUGGUGCCUGCCGUCACCCCAAAGGGCUCAGAGAAGUCGGCCAAGGCGUCUCGCAGCGUGGCUGGCUCCAAGAAAGAGAAGGAGGGCGGCUCAUCUAAAAGCAAGAAGGAAAGGAGUGAAGGUGCGGGGGCUGCGGUGGAGAAGGAGUCCAGCGUGCUGCAGCCCCUGGCCCUGGCAGUGAGGGUGGGACAGUAUGAUGGAGGCCAGGGGACAGAGCCUGCUGCUGCCGAGCAGCUUGGGAGUAUAGCUAUUGACACGGGAGCUGCGCUCAAUCCCUUGGGAGUUAAGUCGGAGCUGGAGGAUGGGGAAAGUGAGUGUCGGCAACUGAAGAAGGUGAAGUCGGAGAAGAUGGAGUCUCCAGUCUCUACGCCCGCAGUGUUGCCCUUGCACCUCCUCGUGCCUGUGGUCAACAACGACAUCUCGUCGCCAUGCGAGCAGAUCAUGGUACGCACCCGCUCGGUGGGAGUGAACACCUGCGACGUGGCCCUGGCCACCGAGCCCGAGUGUCUGGGCCCCUGUGAACCUGGGACCAGCGUGAACCUGGAGGGCAUUGUCUGGCAGGAAACAGAGGAUGGAAUGCUGGUGGUCAACGUCACCUGGAGGAACAAGACGUACGUGGGGACGCUGCUGGACUGCACACAGCAUGACUGGGCUCCUCCUCGGUUCUGUGACUCUCCCACCAGUGACCUGGAGAUGCGCAAUGGCCGGGGCAGGGGCAAACGCAUGCGCCCCAACAGCAACACGCCAGUGAAUGAAGCGGCUGCCGCCUCGGAUAGCAAAGGGACCAGUAACAGCAGCAAGACCCGGGCAGGAGCCAACAGCAAGGGGCGCCGGGGCAGCCAGAACUCCUCGGACCACCGCACUCCGCCUAGCGGCACAGCUGAAGAUGUGAAGGCCAGUCCCUCCUCUGUCACCAAGCGGAAGAGUAAACCCCUCUCUGACAUGGAGGUGAACUCCAGCUCGGAGGACUCCAAGGGCAGCAAACGCAUCCGCACGAACUCGAUGGGCUCGGCCACUGUGCCGUCCGCCACGGUCAAGGUGGAACCUGCUGUCCUGGACCGCAACUGCCCUUCUCCCAUCCUCAUCGACUGUCCCCACCCCAACUGUAACAAGAAGUACAAGCACAUCAACGGGCUGAAGUACCACCAGGCCCAUGCACACACAGAUGAUGACAGCAAGCUGGAGGCGGACGUGGACAGCGAGUACGGUGAGGAACCCUCCCUACACGCUGACAUCGGGAGCUGCAAUGGGGCCGCUGGCUCUCAGAAAGGCUCUCUCUCGCCAGCUCGCUCGGCCACCCCCAAGGUGCGCUUGAUGGAGCCCCACAGCCCCUCCCCGUCCAGCAAGUUCAGCACCAAGGUCCCUUGCAAGAAGAAGGUGAGUGGGGAGGGGGACACAGACCCAGGUGCCCUGUCCAAUGAUGGCUCCGAGGAUGGUCCGUCGGUGGCUGAUGAGACAAGUAAUGAUGACUUUGACUCUCUGGAGAAGCGAUGUGUUGAUAAGGACAAGUCAAAGAAGGCCUCUGGUGCUAAGCAGGAGAAGAUCACUUCCAAAAGCUUGAAGUCUGCCAGACCCAUUGCGCCAGCCAUCCCCCCGCAGCCGAUUUACACCUUCCAGACUGCCACCCUCACCACCGCCAGCCCUGGCUCAUCUUCUGGCCUUGCCACCACUGUGGUGCAGACCAUGCCCAACAGCCCCCAGCUCAAACCUAUCCAGCCCAAGCCAACAGUGAUGGGAGAGCCCUUCACCGUCAACCCCACCCUCACCCCUUCCAAGGAAAAGAAGAAGAAAGACAAGAAGAAGAAGGAACCCAAGGAGGUGGAAAACCCUUUGACUCCUGGCAAAGCAUGCAGAGCGGAGGAAGGCAAGAGCCCUUUCCGGGGGGAAUCCAGCGACCUGGGAAUGAAAGGCGAGGGGCUGCUGAAUGGUUCAUCUGACCCCCACCAGAGCCGACUCGCCAGCAUCAAGGCUGAGGCAGAUAAAAUCUAUAGCUUCACCGACAACGCGCCCAGCCCCUCCAUCGGCGGUGCCAGCAGGCUGGAGAACACCAACCCAGCCCAGCCCCUGACCCCGUUGCAUGUUGUCACCCAGAACGGGGCAGAGGCCAGCUCAGUGAAGACCAACAGCCCAGCCUACUCAGACAUCUCUGACGCUGGGGAAGAUGGGGAGGGUAAGCUGGAGAGCGUGAAGGUGAAGGAUCCAGAGCAGUUGGUCAAGGAAGGUGCCAAAAAAGCUCUUUUCCCCCCACAACCUCAGAGCAAAGAGUCUCCUUACUACCAAGGCUUUGAAACCUACUAUUCCCCAGGCUACCCCCAGGCCAGCCCAGGUCCCCUGAACCCCAGUGGGCAGUCUGUGGCUGAGACACAGACCUUGAAGCUGAAGAAGGAUGAGGAGCAGGAGAACCCAGACGUGAAGGUGAAGGGCGAAGGCUGCGAAGAGAAGAAGGCAGAGCUUGGUGGUGGCUCCAACCAGCAACCCUCAGUCAUCCAGCAGCGCCCCAACAUGUACAUGCAGUCCCUCUACUACAACCAGUAUGCCUACGUGCCGCCCUAUGGUUACAAUGAGCAGGGCUACCAUGCUCACCUGCUGAGCACCAACCCUGCCUACCGCCAGCAGUAUGAGGAGCAGCAGAAGCAGCGGCAGAGCCUGGAGCAGCAGCAGCAGCGGGGAGUGGAGAAGAAGGCGGAGCUGGGCUUGAAAGAGAGGGAGGCAGUGCUCAAAGAAGAGUGGAAGCAGAAGCCACCCAUGCCACCGACACUGACCAAAGCCCCAAGCCUCACGGACCUUGUCAAGUCAGGACUGAACAAGCCCAAGGAACCAGGAGGUCCUGACAUGGCCAAAUCUGUCAUCAUCCCCAAACUGGAGGACUCAUCCAAGCUAUCCGGCAGCCAGGUCGCUGAGGGGCUCAAGGUGAAGCUAAGCGAGGCCAGUCACCUUGGGAAGGAAACUGCUGAGACUAAGGCUGGCUCUGAGUGUGGCCGGCAAGCAGAGGUGGACCCUGUGCUCUGGUACAGACAGGAAGCCGAGCCCCGGAUGUGGACCUACGUGUACCCGGCAAAGUACUCAGACAUCAAGACGGAGGAUGAGCGGUGGAAAGAGGAGAGGGACCGGAAGUUGAAGGAAGAAAGGAAUCGAAGCAAAGAAGCCUCAUCCAAGGAGGACGGGAAGGAGAGCACCAGCUCCGAGUGCAAGCUGACCCCCCCUGAGGAACCUCGCAUGGUGGGGAAGGACCCCAGGCCCAGUGUCCACGUCCCCGUGUCCUCACCCCUCACGCAGCACCAGUCCUACAUCCCCUACAUGCACGGCUACUCCUACAGCCAGUCGUACGACCCCAACCACCCCAGCUACCGUGCCAUGCCCACCGUCAUGAUGCAGAAUUACCCAGGAUCAUACCUACCCUCCAGCUAUUCCUUCUCUCCAUACGGGAGCAAGGCGUCCGGCAGCGACGACAGUGACAAGUCCCGAGCCAGCCCCAGCGUGAGCUGUAAAUCCAGCUCAGAGUCCAAGGCCCUGGACAUCCUGCAGCAGCACGCCAGCCACUACAAGAGCAAAUCACCCACGAUAAGUGAGAAGACGUCUCAGGAGCGGGACCGCUGUGGGGUGGUGGGGGGCGGCGGGAGCUGCAGCAGUGUCGGGGGAGCUGGAACAGGAGAGCGGAGCGGCGACCGGCCCCGCACAUCGCCCUCCCAGCGCCUGCUCUCGACGCAUCACCACCACCACCACCUCGGGUACUCACUACUGCCAGCGCAGUACAACCUGCCCUAUGCAACAGGUCUCUCCUCCACAGCCAUUGUUGCCAGCCAGCAAGGCUCUACUCCCUCCCUAUACCCACCUCCCCGGAGGUGAGAAUGGUAAGGCUCUGCUCCUGCCAGGAUGGGCACGCAGGGGGUGCCCUCGAAGGUUUAGGAUCCUCCUGUUGCCCCAGGGGCUCGCGGGAGCUGACUUGCCCCUGGGUUGUGGCAGGACAUGAGGCGCUGGGAUGCCUGGGCUGUACAAGACAUGUGACUGGCUCACAUGGGGAAGCGCUGGAGACUCUCUUUAGACAUCAGUUGAAUGGUGUUAAUUGUUCUGCUUGACGUUCCUGCUGCGAUCCGAGGCAGACUCUGUCUUCUCCCCCUGUCGGACACACACUGACUGCCCCCCACACCCCCUUUGGUGAGUGGGAUAGCUGGUACCUGCGGAAAUAUUUAUUCUACUGGGCACCAGCGCUCAAGAUGGAGGCGUCUUGCCCGUCUGGUGCAUAUGAAGAGGAAACAGAAGCACUGAGGUUUCUUGAUGGAUUUCGGACCCCACCAUGUCUCUUCGAGCUGCUGCUUCAUGAUGGGACUGGGGGCAGUCAGGGUCUCAGAGCGUGGGGCUGAGCCUGCCAUGGGGUCUCAGGAAAAGAAGGGCUGGCUUACAAGGAGCCACGGCAGGCGUGGGGGGAGCUGUUGUGAGCCUGGGGGCAAUGUCACCCUAGCCAGAGGGAGCCAUGGGGCACAGGGUUGUGCUGCAUAUGAGGCUCUCCCUCUCCUAGUCCCUCAUCUGAUCCUGCAGCCCAAGGUACACACCGCUCUGUGCCCAUGGGCUGGAGCCACUGGUGUGUGUGGGACUGGUGGCCGGAGCAGUGGGAGCUCCUGGCCCCGGUGAAGCAACUUCUGCCCCAGGGGCUCAGGGCUCCAUGGGUCUGGGGGCAAGUGGGGCACAGAAUUGGGGGCUGUGCCUGGCACCCCACCUGGGGCUCCGGGGUCCCCCUGUGCCAUGCACGGUCCAGACCUGCCUGAAGGUCCUGCCCAUCACUUUCCAAUUGGUUUCUGAGCUGCAACUCAGUAAUACCCCCGGCCUUUCCUCUGCCCCCCUACCGUGGCAAACGCUCCCCAAACCCUAGGGCAGCACAUCCUGCUGGGGCGUGGCUGUAGCUCUCCUUUUCAUCCACCUUUUGUUUUUAGGGCGGCUCCCCCAGGCUGUGGGCAGGGCGCAGCAAGGAACAAGCACACUUAGGUUCUGCCAGAGGCACGUGGCGCUGUGCUGGUCCCUGCUCUGGCCUCAUGCUGGGGCUGGGGGCACCAGGCCCUGGAGGAAGCCGGUCCCUGCUUCCUGCUGUUCCCCAGCACUGAGGACAGGGGCUUUCUGGUCCUCUGCCCCCAGCCCCAGAGCAGCUCUCCCUGGGCCGACGCUCUACCUCGGCCCCGCAGUGGCUGGGCCAUCCCAGCUCCCCCCUCUCCUGCUGCCCGGCUGGGGGGACAUGGGGGCUGUGGGUUUUGGUUUUGUGUUUGUGUCCAUGUCGCACCCGGCCCCGAGGGCUGCUGUACGGGGAUGCUCUGCCCACCGGGCUUUGUACAUACUGUAAAAAGCAAUUGUUUGAAA